UGUAUAAAUAAUCAUACAUUAUGAUUGCAAGACAUAUUAAAACAAUUGUUAAUGAUGUGACCUACAAAAUAGUUAAUUGCUAAAAUUAUUAGAUUAAUAGGUUAAACUUUUUUUUUAUAAAUAAGUUGGUCUAUUUAAUUAUAUUUAAUUGAUUGGACUUGAAUACAGAUUUUUGAAUUUAGCAUAUAUUAACAGUAAACAAAUUUGAAUUUCUCUUCCAAGAUAGUAUAUUGUUGAUUUUAUUAAGAUAUUAAUAGGAUAUGUUUGUGAUUAUAUUUUUUAUAAAAAUAAAUGAUAGGAUAACCGAAUAUGAUGGUUUUCUAAAAGAUGGUCAAACUGUAAAUAUUGCAAAUGAAAAAAGUUAUGAUUUUUAUUUUAAUAGAUAAAAUUUAAAGUUUUUCACAAAUAUAAAGAAAAUACAAAAUUUUAAGCAGUUUAUUUUGGUUACAUAAAAGUAUCAUUAAUUAAAAAUAGUUCAACUAAUAAGAAAAAGAUACAGUAAUUUUAAAUUUUAAAUGACAUUAAAUUUUAUCUAGAAUAGUGAAAAGAUUAUUUAUUAUGAAAUAAAAUUAAAAAAAUUAAACAUGAUUAUUUAUCAUGAUUUUAUAGAAGAUUUCCGAAAUAUUUUCUAGGUUUCGUUUGACCUAGUAAGUAGGAACUGUAAAGAUUUAUUUUUCCAUCCUAUAUAACAUUGUCGUGCCUCACUUCAAAACACUAAACCCUAAAAUCGAGAGACCUUUUUUUUUUUGAGGACAUGGAGAAGUUAUCUGAGAAGGCUUUCAGUUGGGAGAUAGACAACUUUUCCGAAAGGAACGGUGUGAUACGGUCGGAUCCUUUCACAAGCGGCGGCUGCGAAUGGCUUCUUUGUGUUCACCCAAAGGGAAAGUUGGUGGAUGAUCACUUGUCCCUCUUCCUGCACGCUGUGAAUCCUGUAUCAUUGCUACCUGGAUGGAGAAGACGAGCUAGUUAUCACUUUGUUUUGUUGAAUCAAUCUGGCAAAGUUCUAAGUAGAACAGUUGAAGAACUUAGAUUCUUCUGCGCUGAGGCCGAAGGCCGGGGUAGUCACAGAAUGUUGCCUCUCACCAAGCUUCAGGAAGAAGGGUUUCUAGAGGACAACAAACUAACCAUUGAAGUCUACAUUAAAGUAGUUAAAGUUGUCGCUGAAGGAAAUUUAACUGGGAAUGAGAUGGUUGAUUUUCGUGGUUUCCAUGUUCUUAAUAGACAGGCUGUUUCAGUUAGCAAUAUUUUCGUACUGCAUCCAGACGUUGCAGUAGAUAUCAGAUCAGGUAUCAAAGAGGUGAAGACGGCAUACAUGAAUAUUCUCCUCGGCCUCGUCGAGACACUAGACAAGGCUCCUCAGAGCUUGUCUGAGACUGAGCUAACAAACGCUGAAAGCGAGUUAAGCGAGCUAGAAGAGGCUGGCUUUAAGCUAGAUUGGUUGAAACCAAAGCUUGAGGAGUUUUCCUUGAAGAGGAAGCAAGCAACUUCUUCUCCUAGAGUUUCUCCGUUUGAAUGCAUUGAUUUUUUGGUAAAGAGAUUCUUUUUGUCUUGCUUCUCGGAACACUAACUGCGUUUUUAUAGUUAUAGUUUGGGGAGUGUUUGAGUUCAUUGUUUUAGUUCUUAAUCUUAUCAUAUCAUUUUCUUUCAAACAAGUUUGAAUUCAUAGUUUUUUUCUUUCAUUAUUUGCCGUGUUGUUUGAUUUUUUUCCAAGAAUUUCUUGUUAUAUAAUAGGUAGAGAAUGAUUCUCCACACACGUCCACAAACAUUUCGUGUGUGGUAAUUUGAAUAUCCAAAUUGUAUUCCUGGAUAGCUAAACGUGAAUCUUGAUAUUUCUUGAUUAUACUAGCUAUAAUUAUAACUAGGCGAAUAAUAAUUAUAUUUAUAUCUAAUAAAACUUGGUUUAAAACCAGUGAAGGGACAACGUAGGAUCUAUGAUUAAUCUUAAAUCAAAACCUGGAAAACAAUAAAAGAAGAAAUCAUAAGAUAUACUAAAAGCUAUUAAAACCCAACUAUAAUAAUAUAAUUAGCUCUCCGCUUUCAACUUGAUCUCAGCUUUGAGAUUACACAUCAUCAGCUCAAGAUUCUUCAACUGUUUUCCAAGUUCUAGAGCCUGAGCUUCAUAACCAGCGAGUUUCUUCCUCUCCACGGAAACCUUCUCAAGCUUUUCCCUCAACCAUUCCAGCUUAAAACCAGCUUGUGUCAGAUCAAGCAAAUCCUUGGAAACUUUACUUAGCUCACUUUCCGUGAGCUUCUCAAGAGGAUUGUUGUAAAGUGUCUCGUAGAUUCUGAGGAGAAUGUUCAUGUAUGCUGUCUUAAGCUGUGGAUCUUGUGGAUAAAUAUACAAUGCUGUUUCCGGAUAAGUUUCAAAAAUAAUAUUUGCUGACUUGACUUGAGAAUCAAGAACUUGGAAUCCAUUGACACACACGGUCGUGUCCUUUUCAGGUAACACAUGUGUAUCUAGUAUACCCAUAAUAUCAUAUACAUAAACGUAGACUUCAACUUUAAGUUUGUCGUUCACAAGAAACAUUUCCUCUUGAAGUUUGGUAAGACGCAAGGCCUUUUUGAAACCCAGGUUUGGCCAAGUCUUGUUGAAGGUGUGAGAAGUUGCUGCCCAUAGAGAUAUAUUAACAAAAACAAUAAACGUAAUAUCAAUAUAUGUACGUAAUUUCUUGAGAAUACCGGUUAAUUUGAUAUUUUCUCAUGAUAAUUUUGAUUUAUAUAUGAAAUUAAAAGAUAGGGUUAUUUUUUUAUCACCUAGACGUUUGGACCUGGCGACAUUGGAUUGGUUCACGAUAACAAAGCGAAACUUGGCACGUCUCCCCCAUCCUUGAUACAGCGCGAGAGAAUUUGCAACAUCUAGAUACAUAGACAUGUGUGUAUUAAUACCGUUUCCCUUGGGAUAUACGGUAACAUACCUAGAAAAAAAAAAUCAAACAAAACUAUACAUGGUCAAAACCUUAAAACGUAAAUUUUAGAAUAUAAAUCUACAUUAAUUCUAGCUUUUACCAGUUGCAGGAGUAGCUUCUGAACAGAUUCGACCGUAUUGGAGCAUUCCUUUGGGAGAAGUUGUUUAUCUCCAUAGUAUAACUUGGUGUUCUCAUGCUUGUUGAUUUUAAGGUUUGAUAUAUUGAUGCAUGCGUAAGCCAAAUCUUCCUUAUAUAUAUAUAUGGGAGGGGGAAACUAAAUUGCGAAUUUUAAUGGAACUAGAUAACUUUAAAAUGAAUAAAAUUACGUUUGCUUAAGUAUAUCUUUUGUUAAACUAUUUAAAUUUAUCAAAAUUUAGUUAAUUAAUUAUGAAAGAUUUGAUAUU